AUGCAAAUGAAGGCGUAUAUGGGAAAUGAGGACAGGAAGCACAACAACGGUCUACUGAGAAUGAACUCAAGCCAUCCAACAGGCAGUGCAGCCGGUUGCCAAAAUGCUGCCCCAGUUGCUGGAGAAAUCGGGAUAUAUUGGAGACGGUCUUAUUUGAAAAAGGGUGACUCUGGGAUGUACGUCCUCAAAUACUGCGAGUUUUUGACCUCAAAUGUAGACCUAGCCAAUAUUUACCAUGACGCUAUGGCCUUCUUUUGA